ACUACAAAAAAUGUCUGGUCGUGCUCUUGGUGAAAAGAAAAGUUUCCUCCAAUACCUGCAAUCAGUUUACGCAACAACAGAUUCAACUGAUGCCUUACAACUCAACAUUGUUCGUGCUCAUCUACAAAUGAAUGUAUUACAAUGGGAAGCUGAAUAUAUGGAACUAGUACGACAAUAUGUGAAACCUGAACGUGAACUACGACGACGAUUGACGACAACACAUCUCCGGAAAAUUUUGUCUACUGGUGAUACUACUGGUUUUGCUCAUACUCAAAUGACAAAUGUGGAUUUACGUACAAAACGUGCAACUGAAUCGGUGGAUCUACCUCUACUUGAUGUUGGAUUGGAUGGUUAUCCUGAAGAUGUGGAUGUUGGACUCAACGGUAUGACCUAUUGCAUAUCAAACAGCAAUACAUCAAAUACGGCGUUAUCACAACAACCUCGUUUGGGAGAAUCACCUACUUCGAUAUCACCUUGGCUAGAAGAAGAAAGACGGUUGGACUAUAUUUUGGAACAAAUGGAUGCAGAUUAUCUUCAACAACAGGGAAUGCUUUCAAAUUCCACACCUUCGUCAAUGCUACAGCAGUUCACACCAAUCGAAUAUGAUGACAAAAGCACGAAUAUACUGGAUUCAGAUGUUGCUAGACGAUUAUCUUUGGAACUGAUGCAUACUUCUAGUGAUCGAGACAGCGAUGCCAUGAUGGAUGAAGAUAGUAUACGAACAAAAGCAAUAUCAAAGGCAAAGACAAGAUCGACCUCAAACAAUCAUCGUUAUAAAGCCAUAUCCUAUCGUCAAUUGAAUGCUCAUAUUUUAUCCGAAGCGACUAUUCUACGAUCAAAAAGCUCUCCUUCAUCUCCCUCUACUGUACUUGAUCAACAUUUAUCUCGUAUUCCACAACGUACAUCAGCAGAAAGGCGUAAACAAAAUUUGGACUCGACUUCAUCAUCUCGGCAAUCUAGUCAUGGGAAUCGAAAGCGACGUAUUGCAACGAAAUCGUCAGCAGCAGUACCUGUAGAUAGCAAUCAUAAUGACGACGAAACUUCACCUGGAAAAAAAGAUAUUCCUCUCAAUGGAUACCGGUAUGGAUACAAAGGAUCAACGGAACGAUUGCAACAAACAAGCGGUACAUAUGUUCGACCUAGGGCAUCUGCAAGCGCAAGUCGGAUAUAUGCUCAUCAUCAACAUCACCAUCAAGUACCAGGUGGGGACAUCAACAACUUCGACAAAAUUACCCAAGCCUCAGACCAAUAUCAGCUAUACAUUACCACCACCUCCUGGGAAAUUGACCAUGACUUGUAGUAUACCAAGAUCAUCAGGGGCAAACCACAACAUCUUCUUCUUUCUUCCUCAUCUACUUCAAUCCUUCGAACAACCGCUACAAAUACAAGAUCGGUACGUCAACGAUUGGAAAGCAAAUCAUCUAUUGAAGUCUACACUACAGUGCGUGAAUUGGUGCGUGAAGAAUCUGAUGAAGAAUUCCAAGCAACAGAUGUCGAUGAAUCAGAUUCUGACGAGGAAUAAGUGAUGAACAGCAGCAACGACAGGAUGGGAAUAAAGGA